AAGCAAGGCAGUCUCAGAGCUGAGCAGCCUCUAAAGGCUCUGAGCUAUUCAAACAUUCUGAGGAUUAGCUUUAUUGGGGGAUUUCCCUUCCUAUUCAGUGGAUUAAUAUCGUUAUCAGGAUGAAACUUGUUUCCCUCGCCCUGCUCUACCUGGGCUCCGUCUCCUUCUUUGGGGUGGAGGCUGCCAAGCUGGACAUUGCAUCAGACUUCAAGAGAAAGUGGUCCAGAUGGGCGCUGAGCCGAGUCAGGCGGGAGGCGACGCUCACCAGGGCUGAUGCGAACGUGCCUUCUCUCAUCCACGUCCGGCAGGCGACCGGCGAGCCCAGCCGCCGCGAGGCCGGCCACAUCCGCCUGAAGCGCCAAGACCCCAGCGUCGUCUUCCACACGCAGUUGCGCGUCUCCUGCAAAAUGGGAACGUGCUCGGUGGCGAACCUGGCGGACCAGCUCUACCAUCUAAACAACAAGGAAAAGGACGCAAACGCCCCCACCAGGAAGAUAAGCCCGCACGGCUACGGCCGCAGGCGGCGCUCGCUCUUGGACACUCUGUCGGCCUUGAAGAGCAGCAGCGCCGGCAGCAGCUCGAGGAUACUCUCUCGCCGGCUGGCCUCUUCGGUGCGCUCUCAGCCCUAGCCGCCGCCGCCGGCCGCCGCGCACAACGCCUCUUUCCCAAGGACUCGUUGCAUUGCAGUGGCUGCCAGAGCCGGCACCGCAACAAACCCGGGAUCUACUCAUUUGUCUGUUUGGUUUUCAUUCUGCCCUUCCUUCAAAAAGCUCAGGGUAGUGUACCUGGCUCACCUUUCCCCCCUUUUAUCCUCACAACGACCAGGUGAGGUAGGUUAGGCUGACAGAUGGUGACUGGCCCAAGGGCACCCCAUGAAGCCAGAUGGGGAUUUGAAUCCCGUUCUCCCCAGGCAUAGGUGACAUUAUAUCCAUUAUACCAAAUGGGGACUUCUUCAGAGGCUACCCACAGGGACAAGAGGCUUGGACUAUGCGUGGAGGAAAGAGGACCCUCCCAUCCUGGGUGGUGAUGUGAUGGGACCCUCUGAUUGUGAAAUGAUCACUCCAAGGUGGACCCUGCAAGCACUCUAUGUCAUCCUUUCCCAAAGGGCUUUAGGUGGUGGUGACUGGCUCUUCUCCACUCCACACUGACUGCCUCCCUUUGUCCCCCGCCCCACCCCCACACGGCAGGGAAUUGGCUACUUGCAAGUCCCUCCCUGGGCAGGGACUGCUUUAUACUUGAAUGGCCUGGCCAGGCAAAGUGCAAUGGACUCAGUGUGUGCUGUGUGGUUUGUGUGUGCUGUUGAGGAGGAAUGAAUGGCUGGGUGGAUGCUUCAGCAUGAGAAAAAUUUACCCAUAUUUAAAUAAUUGUUUCCUUAUCUUGUAUUCUUUUGUUGUUAAAUAACAGAGAUAUUUUUAUAUAUUAUAUAUAUUUUGCAUAAGGGCAUUUAAAAUACCCCCCCUUCCCGGUAUGCUCUUUUUGUUUUCUUGUUUUUUGUUAUUUUAUAAUGAUGAAUGUCAGCCUUUCCUUCCCCUUGUAUUUGUCUGAUUGCCUUAUUCCUUCUCUUGUUUGUUCUGUUUUAUCACAUUCCGGAUUGGUGAAAGAUAUAAAGAAUGUAUCAAACUGUUCUCUCUAGAGACAGUAUGUGAAAAUAAAAAAAAAUCCUACAUG